GAGGUGGGCUUUGGGUCUAGUGUUCCCGGGUGCGAUGAGCUCCUUCCAGGGACAGAUGGCGGAGUAUCCAACCAUCUCCAUUGACCGCUUCGACAGGGAGAACCUGAAAGCCCGUGCCUACUUCCUUUCGCACUGUCACAAGGAUCACAUGAAAGGAUUAAGGGCUCCUUCCUUGAAAAGAAGGCUGGAAUGCAGCUUGAAGGUCUUCCUGUACUGUUCUCCAGUCACUAAGGAGCUGUUGUUAACUAGCCCAAAGUACAGAUUCUGGGAAAACAGAAUUAUAACAAUUGAAAUUGAAACUCCUACGCAGAUAUCUUUAGUUGAUGAGGCUUCGGGUGAGGUUUUUAUUUCAGGGCAGUAAUGGAACUGUCUUAUACACAGGAGACUUCAGACUGGCAAAAGGAGAAGCUUCCAGAAUGGAGCUUCUGCACUCUGGAGGCAGAGUAAAAGACAUCCAAAGUGUGUAUUUAGACACGACUUUCUGUGACCCAAGGUUUUAUCAGAUCCCAAGUCGUGAGCAGUGUUUGAGGGGCAUUUUGGAGCUGGUUCGGAGCUGGGUCACUAGGAGUCCGCACCACGUCGUGUGGCUGAACUGUAAAGCAGCUUAUGGCUACGAGUAUUUAUUCACCAACCUAAGCGAGGAGCUGGGAGUUCAGGUUCAUGUGGACAAGCUGGACAUGUUUAAAAACAUGCCUGAUAUCCUGCACCAUCUCACAACGGACAGAAACACCCAGAUCCACGCCUGCCGCCACCCAAAGGCAGAAGAGUGUUUUCAGUGGAAUAAACUACCCUGUGGUAUAACUUCCCAAAACAAAACUGCACUCCACACAAUCAGCAUCAAGCCAUCUACCAUGUGGUUUGGAGAGAGGACCAGAAAAACCAACGUGAUCGUUAGGACUGGAGAGAGCUCAUACAGAGCUUGCUUCUCUUUUCACUCCUCCUUCAGUGAGAUUAAAGAUUUUUUGAGCUACAUCUGCCCAGUGAAUGUGUAUCCAAAUGUCAUCCCAGUUGGCCUCACUGUGGAUAAGGUCAUGGACGUUUUAAAGCCUCUGUGCCGGUCUCCCCAAAGUGUUGAGCCAAAGUACAAACCGCUUGGAAAAUUGAAGAGAGCCAGAACAAUCCAUCUUGACUCGGAGGAAGACGAUGAUCUCUUUGAUGACCCUCUACCGACACCUUUAAGGCACAAAGUUCCGUACCAGCUAACUCUUCAGCCUGAGCUGUUUUCAAUGAAGGCACUGCCACUAGACCAGCCUGAACUGAGACAAAGCCCAGGAGGCUGCAAAGCAGAGAGUGUGUGGAGCCCUUCUUUGGCUAACUUCAUAGACUGUGAAGAAUCCAACAGCGACAGUGGAGAAGAGCUAGAAACCCCACCACCCUCACUGCAGGGAGGUCUGGGCCCCUCGACACUCGUCCAGCAAAAUGCUGAUCCGGAUGUGGACAUACCACAGUGGGAAGUCUUCUUCAAAAGAAGAGAUGAAAUCACAGUGGACACCAUGAUUAGAACUCCCAGACCCAGAAAGAUGAAAGGCUGUGGUCAAUGGAGUCUGAAGAUGCUUCUCCAGAACCUGGAAAUACAGGAAGAGAAACAUAUAUUUGAGAACAGGGGCUGGAAGAUGGCUGGGCAGGUAAAGGGUAGCUGUGGUCUUUUGGAGGGCCAGAGUUCACUCCCAACAUUCAAGCUAGCCACCUCCCUAGCCUCAAACUCCAGCUUCUGGCCUCCAUGGCACCUGCAUUCACAUGCGCACACACAAAUCUUUACCUUUAAAAAAAAAACCAAAACUUUACUUUAGUUGGGCAUGAUGGCAUAUGCCUUGAAUCUCAGCACUUGGGAGGUAGAGGCAAGGCAGGUGGAUCUCUGAGUCUGAGGCCUGCCUGGUCUAGACACUGAGUUCCAGGACAGCCAGGGCUACAUAGUCAAUGUUGGUUAACUCCCAAGGAAAUAGUUUUGUAUUUCUGUGAAUAUUCUGAGACAUUUCGUUCUGAGCUUUCUUGAAAGAUGGUAUGCACUAGUCAGAAUGCCUGCCAUGAUGACAUUCAUUGAGAAAUCCAGUGCACAAGCGUUCUUUUUACACAUCACCAAGAGCACAAUGAUGUGAAAUGGUCACAGCAGGAAAAGCACAGUGUUUACAGAAGAUAUUCACGAUCACAAUCAGCCAACAGAAUUAAGAACUUUAAAAAGCCAGAUUCAAGAAAAAAUAGAAUUCAUAUUGAUUGAAAUGAUACUUCUAAUCCUGUCAACAUAUCUUUUAGUAAAAGCUCAAAAACUGUAGUCCAUAUUUUUAUUAGUGUUAUUAUAAGUCAAGCUUCCAAAGUGGAAGUCCUGAGAAAAGUCAGGCUGAGAUGACUUGGAAGAAAGACCAAGAGCUAGCUUUAGUUGUUGGAUGGGCUCUGGACCUUAAAUAAGAUGACUUAUCCCACAAUUUCUUUCAUGUUUAAAAAGAUUUUUAUCCUCUCCACACAUAGUUUGUUUUGUUGAUCCGCCUCCGUACUGAUUUCUUUCAUCUUCAAUGUUAGUUUGCUCCAUGACCCAAAGACUUGCCUGCAUUCUUGUACUGAAAGCAACACCAGUAAGAUUAUUUUUAAAAACCAUACCUUUCAUUUGAUAGUCAAAAGUCAGCUCUUCUCCAGCGUUUAUGGUUCUUGUAGAGAACAAUGCUAUCCUGGGCAGCCGAGUAUCAAGGUUAUCGAUGAAAACACUAAACACCUGAAGAUUUGGGUCACACUAAAAAAGAACAAUAAAAUCUGGUCAAGUAAAAUUGCUAGGAAGGUGCCCGCCUUGCAUGAACCAUAUACAUCUGUUAACUGCCCACAGGAUCAUUUUAAAUACAAUUUUCAUGUAUAAGAAGAUCUUAAUCAUCCAUACAAGAACAAAAAGAUACAAGAAGUCAGAUAUCCAAUAUGUUGCUUCCACAAUUAAUGAGAUUUUUGUCUCAGCUUUUUUUCCCCUGGAGAAUUUUAAUCCAAUUUCCAUUUAUAACAUGGGCAUUUCACUUAUAACUAUUUCAAUAAGGUAUGUGUGUGUAUAUAUACUUUAAUUAUUAGAAUAAUUUUUGGUUUUGGAGACAGGGUUUCUCUGUGUACCCCUUGUGCUAUCCUGAACUCAUUCUGUUGAGACCAGGCUGGUGUCAAACCCAUAGAGACCUAGCUACUUCUGCCUCAAGUGCUGAGGUUAAAGGCUCACCAUGGCUAGAAUAAUUAUUUUAAAAUAAAACUAGCACCAUGGAACUCAAAUUUUAUACUGCAUAAUUUCAUUACUUAAACUUUGAUUUGGAAUCGUUCAGUAUUUCAAUAACACUACACACGUGCAAGAAACUGUAACAAGUCCGGCCAGGUAGGAUGACGUGUGUGCUGGGCAGUAGAGCUGCCUUCUAUCUAGAUUUCAAGGAUCCCACAUCUGGACUCAACCAAUUGCAGAGUCAACUAACUAUAGAUUAUAAAAGUAUCUAUUGAAAAGAAAAUCACACCAGAGUCCUGACCAUGUACAGACAGAGUGUUCGUGCCCUUAGUCCAGUAUAACUUUGUAUUCCAUCGGGCAUUAGAAGUAAUUUAUAGAUGAUUUAAAGUAUAAAAGAGGCUAUGUGGCUAUGAGGUCUCAAGUUGAAUGUAAGGAACUUGUAAGAAUGUUGUAUCUGCAGCAAGUGCUGGAAUGAAUCCCUGGGAUACAGGAGAAAUUACUUAAAACAAGCACUUAAAUCACACAACCAAAGAGGGAGUCCUGACGGUCUCUUACAUUUCACUGUGAUUCACACACAAACUUUUGGUAAACAAUCUACCAGACAGUUAACUUGGCUACAUCUUUUAAGAUCAGCUUUGUGAUAUAUCCUCUAAGCUAUAUCUCAUUAUCUGUCAUGUAGAUAUAAAAUGAUGAUAGUACCAACCUCCUGCCCUUAUUGCCUGGUACUUGAAUGAUGAAACUAUGCAAUAUAAAAUUUGAAUUCCACUGUGCCAAUUUUAUUUUAAGAUAAUUACUCUAACCACACAUACAUCUUUAAAAAGACUGCAGAUCUAAGUUUUCCAAACAUCAACUAAAAAUUAAAGAAUAUUAAUUUAUAAUUUAGGGAAAUAAUCCUAAAUGCUCAAAUGAUCUAGAAAUCCUUACAUUUUACUUUAAAAUGUUAACACAAUGACAUUAAAAACAAAAUCAAACAAACACAAAAGCUCAACCCUGUUACUUUUAAGCUGUAUCUAUGGGAGGAUUGUCCAAGAUCUUCAGUAGAUGCCUGAAACUGUCCUGAGUAUCAAACACUAUAUAUGCUAGGGUUUUGUUCUAUACAUACAUACAUUUUUAAAGAUUUAUUUAUUAUUAUAUCUAAGUACACUGUAGCUGUCUUCAGAUGCACCAGAAGAGGACGUCAGAUCUCAUUAAAGAUGGUUGUGAGCCACCAUGUGGUUGCUGGGAUUUGAACUCAGGACCUUCAGAAAAGCAGUCAGUGCUCUUAACCACUGAGCCAUCUCUCCAGCCCAGGGUUUUGUUCUAUACAUAUAUAUUUAUAGUAAGUUAACUUUACUUCAGACACAGUAAGAGAUUAACUACUAACAAAAACUGAAUUAUUUAAAGCUAUAUUAGUGGCCUGACUCUAUGAAAAUAUCUUAUUGUACUUUCACCUUGUGGCUUCAAGGAAACAUCUUGGCAAAUCCAAAUUGCUAGUAUUACUAAUCUUGUGCUUAUGAACAAUUACUGAGUAAAACAGGGAUACUUGACCACAUGUAACUCUCUGAUGGUUGGCCUGAUAAUCCAGAGGCUUGCUAAGUGACUGUCAGGUAGCAUACCGAGUGAAUAUACACUAGGGAUGGAUGGAUCAUAUCUACAGCAGGAGACUUCAACUCCUAAUCAGAAUAACAAACAACUUAAAACUUAGAGUGAACUAUUUCUAGAAGUCUCCACUGGUUAUUUUUGGACCAGAGCUAAGUAGGCAAGUGAAACUGUGGAAAGUAAAUUGUGGGUAAGGUGAAGGACUACUAAAAACUUAAAAAUUUUUGUAUUAACCUCAUUAAGGUAACUUUAUUAAUAUUCUUAAAACAUUUUACUUAACUCCCUUGCUUAUUAAUCUCCUUCUUCUGCUAUUAAGUUAUCUAUUUAUCCUAUAAAGGGCCUGGAAAAUGUAACUGAAUUGAGAUACAAACACUGUUAUAGAAUGUAGUAAUUGUCAAUCACCUCAAUAAAUAAGUUCCUAUUACAGCGGAAAUACCCCAAUUUAACAGAAGCCCUAUACUAAAAUACUGUGAAUGGCUGUGUAAGUGAUUGUCCUUCAGUUGAGGAAAAGAAUCAUGCAAGCAGCACUAAUCUGAACCAUCUUAUCUCUAAGUGCUCCUUACACUAUGAUUCACAAAAUGGGAUACGUUUCCAUAUCGAGCUGCAUCCACUGUGAACUCAUCAGACUCGUAGUCCAGGUCAAAGAGGUAGGUGAUCCCUUUGUUGUCAUAGAACUGUCCCCGUCUCUCGGCCUCUUCACUUGUGAUCACCUAAGGAGAAACAAAACAACAGAACAAAACAGGACAACUAUAGCUUUACAGUGUCUCUUUUUAUGAUAGGAUCUCUCUAACCUGUGGACUCAAAAGGUCUUUCUCCCUCAGCCUCUCACAUAGGACCACAGGUGACCCUGUGUUCUCCAAAACCACAGAAUAGUACAGUAGUGUGGAACCAAAGAAACAAACUAUUAACACUGAUACAAAUAUUUAAAAAGAAAUUCAAGUUUCUUUUUAAUCUAUCUUAUAUUAUUUAUCUAUUUAUUAUUUAAAUAUUUAAAUAAAAGAUAUAUAGGAAAAAGUAUUAAAAAUGAGGGAAAGUGAUAGGAUGAGAGAUUAAAAGUAUAAUUUGAGGUAAGUUGAAAUAUGGUACUUCAUUAUAAUCAGACUGUGCAAGCUCUCCACCUCUGCUAUGCAGGACAGAGAUGAAUAGAAGACCACCUUUAUAAGAGUAUACACUCUCAAUAUGCUCUAAAGCACAGGUUCUCAACCUUCCUAGUGCUGCGGCCCUAUACAGUUCCUCAUGAUGUGCUUGCCCCCAACCAUAACAUUAUUUGUUGCUACUCCAUAACUAAUUUUGCUACUGUUAUGAAUUGUAAUAUAAAUAUAUGAUGUGCAGGACAUUUGAUAUACGACCCUGUAAAAGAUCUGCUCAACUCCUAAAGGGAUAACACCGCACAGGCUGAAAACAACUGCUCUAAAGGCAUACGGUUCCUAUCUGUGGACGAGAAUAGAUGGAGGCUGGUUAGAUAAGAGGCGUGCGGUGAACUGUCUGGGAAGCUUUACUGUUCACAAGAGAGUCGGGAGCUGCUUCAGCUCAAAACUCACAGCGCAGGAGGACAUCCAGGCCCAUCCCUGUCACCACAUUACCCGCGCUGCUGUCCUUAUGACCACAGCUUCAGUUCAGCUGAAGACUCCAACAGUGCUCAAGUGAAACAUAGCAACUAAAUCUGGGUGCUGUUUCUGUGCCUCAGUUUCUUCAUUGGUAAUAACGGAGAGAACUGUUCUUCCAUAGAGUUGAAGACUAGAAAGUUAAUGUACUAAGAUGUUCAGCUGUGUCCCAUCCUGAGUACUACUUUAGUAUCUAUGCAUAUAAUAUUUAUCAAAGUAAACAUGCUAGUAUUUGGUAAUUAGAGAAUGGUCUGCAGCUCUAAGUGGCCAGAGUUUAGCUUAGUGGUUUUUUGAUAUAAUAAAUGCUUUUGUACAUAUUUCACAAUAUCCAUAAAGCAUGUUUUACUUAAUAAUGCCCAUCGUGUUGAUACCAAAUAGGAAAAGAAAUUUCAUUAUAUUGGGCUAAGUAAUGAAAUAAAUGUAACUUCUAAGUUUCAAUGUCACCAUGUAUGUAGGUAGCAUGUAUGACUUCCUUCUUAGGACUUUUGCAUAAAUAUAGUUGUUAUAUUUUAAAAUUA